AUGAUUGUACAACAGCGACGCUCAGCAUAUAAUAUUCAGCCUAAAAAUUUGGCCUAUUGUCACCAUCCUUAUCAAUAUUAUCGUACUGUGACAGAUUUCAUUAAAAGAUUCGUUGAUCAGACACUUUUGAAGGCAUUCAAGAUAAUCGAAAACAUGGGCGAAUUAACUUUCGACGAGCGAUCUGGCGUGACUACACGAAAAUUAGGCUACUUCGGUAACGACUGGCCUACAUGUGGAAGUUUUAACACACGAAACGGUCUAGAAAGUGUAAUUAACGAAAUGGAAUCAUGGAAUGCAUUAUCAGCUUUGAAGGAUUGGAUGUUUCAUGUAACAUUCAUUGGUCUUCGAUACAAGCACACUGUCGAAGUUUGUACUUAUCAAGUUCUUUGGAGUGUACCCACUCCAGCAUACCCUGAACCACAAGUCACAGUCAGUGUAUAUUUCCACAUAGCACAAACUCGGGUUUAUCCACCUCAAUUUCCUGUCGAUGUUACAUACGUUUUCGAAGGGCAUCACGUUUCACAUUCCUUAAACAUGAUUUUCAGGCCGAAAUGGCUCUACGAUAUCUUAGAUAUGAAAACAAUGAUGUUCAAAACUUUUAAUUUUUAA